UUACUUCAAUAUUAAAGCCGAUUUAGUCUUGUUCAAAUCAUCUUACGCGAAGCAGCAAAGAUUUCUUUUUCCUUACGAAAGAAAACUGCGGACGUAUCAAUUAAUAAGGUUCGACAGAAGCGAGAAGAAAAUUUAAUUAUUCAAUUAUGGCAUCAAACAUAGCAGAGUUUUAUAAAAACAAAAACAUCUUCAUCACUGGAGGCACAGGCUUUGUUGGAAUUGCAUUGGUUGAGAAGAUUCUCCGAUCAUGUCCAGAAGUUGGAAAAGUUUAUUUGCUGAUGCGACCUAAAAAAGGAAAAGAAAUUCAUGAACGUCUUGAAGAUAUCACCAAAAAUUCAGUUUUCUCUGUUCUUCUUGAGCAAUCAUCUCCCGAUAUCUUCAAAAAGCUUGUUGCUGUUGCUGGUGAUGUUGGAGAAGAAAAUUUAGGAUUAUCUCCAGCCGACCGACAACUCUUGGCUAAUAACGUUAAUGUUGUUAUACAUUCCGCAGCAACACUCGACUUUCAAGCUUCAUUAAAGCCAACCGUGUUCAUAAACUUGCUUGGAACACGUCGAGUCAUGCAGUUGUGUCAAGAAAUGAAAAACUUAAAAGCCAUGGUGCAUAUUUCUAGUGCUUAUGUUAACGCAUUUUUAUUGGAAACAGAAGAAAAGCUUUAUCCAGCUCCAGACGAUGCUGAAAAGGUCAUUGAACUUGCACAGUCAAAAGAUGAGAAAGAACUUAAUACGUUGACUGCUGGUUUGAUCAAAGAUCAUCCAAAUACUUAUACAUUCACGAAACAUUUGGCUGAACAUGAGGUCAAUAAAUGUGCCGGUAAAUUUCCUUGCGGAAUUGUUCGUCCGUCAAUGAUUACAGCUGCAUGGAAGGAACCAAUCGCAGGAUGGACAAUAAGUAAGAAUGGACCACAAGGCUUCUUAAUGGGAGCGAGUAAAGGCGUUGUUCGUCGUUUACCGGUGGGAACUUCCCUCAUUUAUGAUUACAUUCCAGUUGACAUUGUUGUCAACCAAGUGCUCGUUACUGGUUACCAUGUCGCACAAAAAAGAUCAGGAGAACUCUCAAUUUAUCAUUGUACAUCAUCAACAUACAAUCCAUUUAGAUGGGAUAGAGUUGCUGACAAAACAAAUGAAUUACUUCACAUGUAUCCAUUGAAAUCUGCUGUUUGGUAUCCACAUUUAAAAUUCCUCUCAAGUCUCAUGCUUUUCAAGAUUUCUGCGAUUUUUAUUCAUUUCAUUCCUGCUUAUAUUUUGGAUUUUGUUACACGCAUUGCUGGCGGUAGACCGAUACUUGUGAAGUUGCACACAAACGUUUGGGAAUCUCUGAAGUUGCUUGAAAAAUUCAUUUUCACUGAAUGGAAGUUUGAUAACAAAAAUACUUUGCUGCUCAGUAAGACAAUGUCACCAGUUGAUCAACAACAUUUUAACAUUGAUAUAGGGACAUUGAAAUGGGAAGAUUAUUUCAUCAAUUUGGCUCAAGGUGUUCGUCAAUAUCUCAACAAUGAGACUUUGAAAACAUUGCCAGCUGCUAGGAAAAAGGAUAAAAUUUUGUUGGUUCUUCACAUUCUCUUGCAAGUUGGAAUUCAUACCGGCGUGUGGAAGUUGGUUGCUUGUAUUUUGGGUGUUCCAAUGAUGAAAUGCUUCUUAGCACUUCCUCUUUCUUACAUCCUCUUCGGAAUGCUUUAAAAACAUUUUUCAUGAACAAUUUUUUUUUAUAUUUUCUUUUUUCAUUUCCCUCACAAAAUUGUUAUAAUCUCUUCGGCUUAUCAUAUUUUACUUCUUCUUGAAGUACUCCGAUUCAUUACUUUCCAAAUUUCUAAGAAUUCUUAUGAAAAAGUUUACUUAUAAUAUUUUUGGAUAUGGAAAUAAAAAUCAGAUCGCAUAUUUUUUGAAAAGGUUUAAUUAAAAGA